AUGGCGGACGACGAUUUUGAUAUCGACAUUUAUGGCGAUACCAACAACGAGCAAGAAACCCCAACUACGCCGGCCGCAAAGGAUGAAGAGGGAGAUAUAAAGAUCGAUGGUGCCAACAAUGAUGACACCGACGCAGCUAAUAAACCGACUGAAGUGGAGGAAGAAGAGCAAGACACAGAUUACGUAGACAUUAAAGUUGAUUCUGCGCACGAUAGCCAUCCCCAAGAACAACGUCAACAAAUCAAAAGUACCGAUGAGUCCGGCAAAGAUGCUCUCAACAUCCCAAAACAAGCUCCGCAACAGCAGGGCGUGAAGCGCAAAGAAGGCUCUGAUGAGAGGCCAAUCGAUCCUGGAGCAACAACGGCCCUUCUGAUUUCCGACUUGCACUGGUGGAAUACUGAUGACGAUGUUCGGGGAUGGAUUAAUCAAGCUCAAUGCGAAGAUGAGCUGAAGGAGAUAACAUUCAGUGAACACAAAGUGAACGGAAAGAGCAAGGGACAAGCCUAUGUUGAGUUCUCCUCUCAGCAAGCUGCCACAGCAGCAAAGCACAAGAUAGAUACAUUCGGGGAAGGCCAGCAAUAUGUCAAGAAACAUGUCGUAACCUACUCGAAUCCGAAUGUCAACCCAUUCAAGACUCUGCCAAAGGAUGCACCCAUGCGAGCCGGAAAAGAUGGCCCGACUAAUCGACCAGUCGCUGGCAACUAUGAUAGAACUCAGCAGAGCUCAGGAAACAACUACGGUGGCAACUUCCGCGGUCGUGGUGGAUACAAUCGUGGAAACAUGAAUAACAACAUGGGAGGCGGGUUCAACCGCAACUUCCAGAAUCCCAGCAUGGGUGGCAUGGGUGGAAACUUCCAGGCGCCAAUGGGUGGCUUCAACGCGGGGGGUAUGAUGAACAAUAUGCGAGGUGGGCCCGGAGUCAUGAGAGGCGGUCGUGGGGGCAUGAAUAGCGGGAUGAUGGGAGGCAUGCCUAUGGGAGGGAUGCAGAUGGGCGGUAUGCCGGGUGGAAUGCAGAUGGGUGGCCCCAUGAACAUGGGAAUGGGCGCAGGGAUGCCAGGUGCUGGUUUCCCAGGUAUGCAGCCGCAUUUCAAUCCAGCCUUCUUCCCACAGAACCAAGCAACCGGAGGAGACUGGCAAAAUCCUCAUGGAGCAAAACGACCUCGCCCAGAGUAA